UAGUGUUUACUACUAACAACAUGCGGUCACAAAGAAGAUACUUUCAGCAGGUUCGAGGAGAAAACACUACAUGGGGCAGGUUCCACACACUGACUGCAGUAUGUGUAGUGCUGCUGUGUCUCGUCCAGCUGACCGCCAUCACAGUGCUCUGGAUUAAAUUCAACAAGCUGAAGACAGAAAACAACCAACUACAAACCAGAUACAACAACCUGACUAAAGAAAGAGGACAGUUACAUACAAGUUACAACACCCUGACUAUAGAGAGAGACCAGUUACAGACCAGUAACAACAACCUGACUAUAGAGAGAGACCAGUUACAGACCAGUUACAACAAUCUGACUAUAGAGAGAAACCAGUUACAGACCAGUUACAACAAUCUGACUAUAGAAAGAGACCAGAUAAAGAGGAAUAUAAAGGAAAUCCAGAGAUUUUUUCAACUGGGAUGGAUAUAUUUCAACUUCAGUGUUUAUUACAUCUCUAAUGAGACGAAGAACUGGACUGAGAGCAGACAGGACUGCAGAGAGACAGGAGCAGACCUUGUGAUCAUAACCAGCAGAGAGGAACAGGAGUUCAUCAAUAAACUGCUGGGCAGAAGAGUAGCCUGGAUUGGUCUGAGUGACGGAGACAGGGAGGGCGAGUGGAAGUGGGUGGACGAUACACUACUGACCACUGGGUAAGAAAAUCACUGAAAUAAUGUUUUGCUCAUGAUAUAAGUCUGAGAAAUACAGCAAACACUCUAAUUCUCUCCUUCAG